UACUUUACUCAAAUCCACCUGUCAAAUAAUUUUCUUGAGCAUUUACUCAAGUUGGUAUGAUAAAACUGAGCAUUUGAGCAUUUACUUUUCGAACAUCCGAAUUCGUAUGAAUAAAGCGGUAAAAGUUGAGUAGAUGCUCCGAAAAAUCUGAGUCACCUACUGACCAUGCUCAGUUGAAAACAAACGUACGUGAAAGUGGCGUUAAAUGGAAAGGAAUGUACUCGGGAGAUUUCAUCAACUUGCCGUUUCCGAUCAUAGCUGACGUGGACGGAAUCUAUGCAGCUAAUCGGACUGUAAAACUAUAUAAGACAAGGCGGAAUGGAGACGACGACAAUUUUAAAGAUCUGUAUCGAUUUACCCGCGAAAAUGUUGACCGCGUUGCCCUGGAAUUUCUUGGUUCGAGUUCGGAGAAUCGAGGUGGUGCGCUAUCCAAUGUACAAAAAAUGAAAUGUUUCUUGCGAUAUGUAGGAGAUCCUGGAUUUCAGGUAGGCGUUGGUGAAGAUUUGGGUGUACAUCAAACAACGGUUUGCAAAACGAUAUGGACCGUUUGCAAAGCAAUUGUCCAUAAAGCUGAUGACUGGAUACACUUCCCCAAUACACCCGAAGCAGUCGAAGAAGCCAAGAAAAUGUGGCAGGUUCAACGUACGUUCCCGAGUGCUAUUGGUGCCAUUGAUUGUACGCACAUACUGAUAAAAAGACCUGGCAAUUUCAAGGACGAGUUCGUCAACAGGAAAGGACUGAAUUCCUUCAACGUUCAAGCUACAUGUAACGCUAAGGAGCAAUUCACGAGCGUAGAUUGCGAAUGGGCUGGCUCUGUUCAUGAUGCCAGAAUCUGGAAAAAUUCAGAUAUCUUUCAUAUCAUGCAGGACAACGUGUCUGGAGCUCUCCUAUUAGCCGAUGAAGCAUAUCCGCUUACGCCUUGGAUGAUGACUCCCUACCGUGAUCCUGCUAAUCGGGCGCAGAAAAUUUACAACAUUAUCCACAAGCGAGAAAGAGUUAUCAUCGAACGAGUUUUUGGGCAGGUUAAGCAAAGAUUUCCUUUCCUGCAAUCGAAAGUACGGGUGAAGACUGAAAAAAUCCCUUACAUGAUUGCUGCAUGCUUUAUCCUACACAACGUAGCAAAGCAUCUUAAUGAUAAGGACUUCGAGCCAAGAGAAACGAUCACAUAUGACAUUGCAGUGCCUCGACCAACCGAAACUGAUGUAACACUUCUGCAGCGAGGACGAAAACGGCGUGAUGUUAUUGCAACAUAUUUGCAAGGUGAAAACAAUCGUUAAAUACAAUUCGUUUGUGCAAGAACAGAAUAAAAUUUCACCUUGAUAAUUCUUAUUAUUUAAAAAUAUUUUUUUAUUGACAUCCAUCUACCAGACGUCCUACUCGAAUCGCGUCCAAUAAGCUUCAUGUGGCGAGAGGGUGUCUAACAUUGUGAAACUAUUUCCAUGCAAUAUCUUCAAAUAUACCUACAAUCAAUCACUCACUUGCAUAUAACUCAAUCGACUACUUCCACCUUAUACUGCUUGUAUACUUAUGGGAAUACUUCCUUCGUAGUUUAAGGCUAAAUUUCCCGUCGUUGGUUUUACUAGGCAUGAUGACAUUGCAGCUCGUAAUUUGAAAUGCCAAGUCAGUCUUCAUCUUUCUGGUGUUACAUACUGUCAAUUAUGGAAGCUGUGCCAAUAUGAUCCAUCGGUCCAAAAAAUAAAUAAGGAGCAAAAGAGCUUGAACGUGUCACCUUUAUACGUUUUUUGAAAAAUUCAAUAGUCUUUUUGUAUUAAUAGCCUUAUUCGCUCAAUUUUUUUUCUUGCGCUUUAUUUUAAAUACAGUUUCGAUUUACAGAACCAGGAGUUGUUAUUGCAGUUAAGAGUUAAAA